AUGGCCAAUCUAAUUCUUCUACAGGUGAUCCUGGCUUUUUUGAUGGGAAUAUAUCCCUCAGGAGUUAUUGGACUGGUCCCCCACCUUGGGGACCGAGAGAAGAGAGACCAUCAUUGUCCCCAGGGGAAAUACCCCCACCAUCAAAAUAAUUCGAUUUGCUGUACCAAGUGCCACAAAGGGACCUACCGAUACGAUGACUGCCCAGGCCCAGGACUGGACACGGACUGCAGGGUGUGUGAAAGUGGCACCUACAUUGCUUUGGAGAACCACUUAGAACAGUGCUUCAGCUGCUCCACAUGCCGAAAAGAAAUGGACCAGGUGGAAGUUUCAUCUUGUACAGUGUUCCAGGACACCGUAUGUGGCUGCAAGAAGAAUCAGUAUCAGCGUUUUCUGAGUACAACCCUUUUCCAGUGUCUGAACUGCAGUCUCUGCCUCAAUGGCACUGUGCUUCGCCCCUGUCAGAAGACUGAAGACACUGUGUGCACCUGCCAUGCAGGGUUCUUUUUCAGGAAAAAUGUGUGUGUUGCCUGUAGCAACUGUAAGAAUGACGUGGACUGCAAGAAGUUGUGUCUACCCCCAACUGGACUGGUUACGGGCUCCCAGGAUACAGGCACCACAGUGCUGUUGCCUCUGGUGAUCCUCUUUGGUCUUUGCCUUUUAUCCUUCUUCAUUGGCAUAAUGUGCAGGUACCAACGAUGGAAGUCAAAGCUCUACUCUAUUGUCUGUGGAAAAUCAACACUUGAAAAACAGGGGGAUUUGGAAGGGGUCAUCACGAAGCCCCUAGCCCCAGUCUUCAACCCGUCUUUGAACUUUAGUCCUAACCAGGGCUUCAGUCCCACUUUCAGCUCCACCUUUUCUCCCAAUGAGUGGUCCACCUUCUGGAAGGCCCUCCCUCCCGAAGGAAUGGCCCCACCCUACCAGGAGGCUGGCCCCAUCCUCACAGCAGCCCCUACUGCCACCCAGAUCCCUCCACCUCCCCCGAAGGAGGAGGAGAAGGAGGAUGACGGCAGGAACACGUUUUCUGAUAUGAACCCUACCACCUUGUAUGCGGUGGUGGACGGUGUGCCCCCAUCGCGCUGGAAGGAGUUCAUGCGGCGCCUGGGACUGAAUAAUCAUGAGAUUGAACGGCUGGAGCUGCAGAACGGGCGCUGCCUGCGCGAAGCUUACUACAGCAUGCUAGAGACCUGGCAGCAGCGGACCCCACGACGCAACGCCACGCUGGAGCUCUUAGGCAGUGUCCUCUGCGACAUGGACCUACGUGGCUGCCUAGAGGCCAUUGAGGAGGCGCUGAGCGGCUCUGCGAACCUGGAGUCCCGCCUCCCCCUAUGA